GGUUGGCUGCAUCGGUCAAGUGGGCGGAGCCCCUGGGAUGAAGGCGGGGCUGCAGGGAGAGUGACCGGGAGGAGGCCAAGAUGGCGGCGCCCGGCCUGAGGGCGAUGGUGGGAGUGAAGCGGGUCAUUGACUAUGCGGUGAAAGUCCGAGUGAAACCGGACAAGACUGGGGUGGUGACGGACGGUGUGAAGCAUUCCAUGAACCCCUUCUGCGAGAUCGCUGUGGAGGAGGCCGUGCGCCUCAAGGAGAAGAAGCUGGUCUCGGAGGUGGUGGCGGUCAGCUGUGGUCCCCAGCAGUGCCAGGAGACGAUCCGCACGGCCUUGGCGAUGGGUGCUGACCGGGGGCUGCACGUCGAAGUCUCUGCCAAGGAUUACGAGGACCUCAGCCCCUUCCAUGUUUCGAAGAUCUUCGCCGCUCUGGCCAAGAAGGAGGGUGUCAAUCUUGUGUUGCUCGGCAAGCAGGCCAUUGACGACGAUUGUAACCAGACGGGGCAAAUGACAGCAGCAUUUUUGGACUGGCCUCAGGGGACGUUUGCCUCUGAAGUGACCGUGGACGGGGAUUGGCUGAAGGUUGAACGCGAGGUUGACGGGGGUCUGGAGACGGUUCGUCUCAAGCUGCCGGCCGUCGUGACUGCCGAUCUCCGUCUAAAUGAACCUCGUUAUGCCACACUGCCUAACAUCAUGAAAGCGAAAAAGAAGAAAAUUGAGGUGGUGAAGCCAUCCGACCUUGGCGUGGACCUGACCCCUCGGGUGAAGACGCUGAGCGUGGAAGAUCCUCCCCAGCGCCAGGCCGGGGUCAAGGUGGAAACGGUGGACGACCUGGUGUCCAAACUCAAGGAGAGUGGGCGGAUCUGAGCGCUUGGAGAGUUCUGCCUCGCCUGGAGCCGCCGCCCUGGGCCUUGUGCUGCUGUCGAAGUGGGCGCAACCCUUGGGGAUCCGUCCACCUGCCUCCAGGGGCCCAGACCCUUGGGGCCCGGAACCGCAUUGCCUUCCAGCACAGCUGCCCUCCAAAGGGAGCUGGUCGACAAUUUUUAACAUAGUUUUUUUCUGGAUGAAUGAUGGGACAGUUUGCAAUAAAUGUCCUUUGAUUGUCAGAGGAA